CCCAUUCCAGCCCCCUGGCUGGGAGGGCGGACGCCCGCUUGUGAUUAGCUAGCUGGUCUGCCUGCCUCUCGCAGGAGCGGCUGGCACUUCUCCCCCCUCUCCCCCCUCCCGCCAGCCUCGAGGUUCCUGAGCUGGCCCAGGCCGAGUCAGUGUCAGUCAGGGAGGCGGACUGCUGAGUAGUGGGUGCGAACACUGCGUUGCAGUCUUGUCCAGGGGCCGGUGCCUGCGCUCGCGCCGCCGGGUGGGAAGGAUGAAGCCGCAGCUGGAGCAGCCACCCUAUGAUUGGCUGGGGCACUUGUGAACCCGAAGUAAAGAUGGCGGGCGGGCAGGCAGCCGCCGCACUGCCCACUUGGAAGAUGGCGGCGCGCCGCAGCCUCAGCUCUCGCGGCCGGGGGGUCCUGCAGGCGGCGGCUGGACGGCUGUUGCCGCUGCUUCUGCUGAGCUGCUGCUGCGGCGCGGGCGGCUGCGCAGCGGCGGGCGAGAACGAGGAGACUGUGAUCAUCGGGUUGCGGCUGGAGGACACGAACGACGUGUCGUUCAUGGAAGGGGGGGCGCUGCGGGUGAGCGAGCGGACCCGGGUCAAGCUGCGGGUGUACGGGCAGAACAUCAACAACGAGACAUGGUCCCGCAUUGCUUUCACAGAGCAUGAGCGGCGGCGCCACAGCCCGGGUGAGCGCGGGCUGGGGGGCCCUGCGCCGCCGGAGCCGGACAGCGGCCCCCAGCGCUGCGGCAUCCGCACAUCAGAUAUCAUCAUCUUGCCCCAUAUCAUUCUCAAUCGCCGUACAUCAGGCAUCAUUGAGAUCGAGAUCAAACCGCUGCGCAAGAUGGAGAAGAGCAAGUCCUAUUACCUGUGCACGUCGCUCUCCACGCCAGCCCUGGGCGCCGGCGGCCCGGGGUCUGCGGGUGGCGCCGUCGGGGGCAAGGGCGGCUCCGGGGUGGCCGGGCUCCCGCCGCCCCCGUGGGCCGAGACCACCUGGAUUUAUCACGACGGCGAGGACACCAAGAUGAUCGUGGGGGAGGAGAAGAAGUUCCUGCUGCCUUUCUGGCUGCAGGUGAUCUUCAUUUCGCUGCUUCUGUGCCUAUCGGGCAUGUUCAGCGGCCUCAACCUGGGACUCAUGGCCCUGGACCCGAUGGAGCUGCGCAUCGUGCAGAACUGCGGCACGGAAAAGGAGAAGAAUUACGCCAAGCGCAUCGAGCCCGUGCGCAGGCAGGGCAACUACCUGCUGUGCUCGCUGCUGCUGGGCAACGUGCUGGUCAACACCACGCUCACCAUCCUGCUCGACGACAUAGCUGGCUCAGGCCUCGUGGCGGUGGUGGUCUCCACCAUCGGCAUCGUCAUCUUCGGGGAGAUCGUGCCCCAGGCCAUCUGCUCCCGGCACGGCCUGGCUGUGGGGGCCAACACCAUCUUCCUCACCAAGUUUUUCAUGAUGAUGACCUUCCCCGCCUCUUACCCCGUAAGCAAGCUGCUGGACUGCGUCCUGGGCCAGGAGAUAGGCACCGUCUAUAACCGGGAAAAACUGCUGGAGAUGCUCCGGGUCACAGACCCCUACAACGACCUCGUAAAGGAGGAGCUGAACAUCAUCCAAGGGGCGCUGGAGCUCCGCACGAAGACCGUGGAGGACGUGAUGACUCCCCUCCGGGACUGUUUCAUGAUCACCGGCGAAGCCAUUCUGGACUUCAACACCAUGUCGGAGAUCAUGGAGAGCGGCUACACUCGGAUUCCAGUAUUUGAGGGGGAGCGCUCCAACAUCGUGGACCUCCUCUUUGUCAAAGACUUGGCCUUCGUGGAUCCAGAUGACUGUACUCCCCUGAAAACCAUCACUAAAUUUUAUAACCACCCCUUGCACUUUGUUUUCAAUGACACCAAGUUGGACGCUAUGCUGGAAGAAUUUAAGAAAGGUAAAUCUCACCUGGCUAUUGUGCAGCGAGUAAACAAUGAGGGAGAGGGGGAUCCAUUUUAUGAAGUUCUGGGAAUUGUCACGUUAGAGGAUGUGAUUGAAGAAAUCAUCAAAUCUGAGAUUCUAGAUGAAACAGAUUUAUACACUGAUAACAGAACGAAAAAGAAAGUGGCCCAUCGAGAAAGAAAGCAAGAUUUUUCUGCCUUUAAGCAGACCGACAGCGAGAUGAAGGUUAAAAUAUCACCACAGCUUCUCCUGGCCAUGCACCGUUUCCUAGCAACAGAAGUAGAAGCAUUUAGCCCAUCCCAGAUGUCAGAGAAGAUCCUUCUAAGGCUGCUAAAGCACCCCAAUGUCAUCCAGGAGCUGAAGUAUGAUGAGAAGAACAAGAAAGCCCCAGAAUACUACCUCUACCAGCGAAACAAACCUGUAGACUACUUCGUUCUCAUUUUGCAGGGGAAAGUGGAAGUAGAAGCUGGGAAAGAAGGUAUGAAGUUUGAAGCCAGUGCUUUUUCAUACUAUGGUGUAAUGGCCCUUACAGCCUCCCCAGUUCCUUUGUCCCUGUCUCGUACCUUUGUUGUCAGCAGAACAGAGUUGUUAGCAGCAGGUUCUCCAGGUGAAAACAAGUCACCUCCUCGCCCAUGCGGCUUGAAUCACUCGGACUCUCUCAGUCGCAGUGACCGGAUCGAUGCGAUAACGCCGACGUUGGGGAGCAGCAACAAUCAGCUCAGCUCUUCAUUCCUCCAAGUCUACAUCCCGGACUACUCGGUGCGAGCCCUCUCCGAUCUCCAGUUUGUUAAGAUCUCAAGACAGCAAUACCAAAAUGCCUUGAUGGCAUCCCGGAUGGACAAAACUCCUCAGUCUUCAGACAGUGAAAACACUAAAAUUGAAUUGACUCUUACGGAGCUGCACGACGGGUUGCCAGACGAGACGGCCAACCUGCUCAAUGAACAGAACUGUGUGACGCACAGCAAGGCCAACCACAGCCUGCACAGCGAAGGCGCCAUCUAGAGCACCGGCCUUGGCCUCCGCGUCUGACCGUGAAUCCCAUUAGUGUGCGCUUGUGUGCCAUGCUGCAUCCUGCACCAUCCUGAGACCAAAGACUUUGUCCCCUUCCUGGAAGCAGCAGAGGAGGCCGGGGAGGGCAGGAAUGGAAACUGGAGACGUGAAAUCGACAGCCAGGGCGUGGCAUUCGAGAUUAUGGAGAUGAAUUUCUUCCGCCCAAAUAGAAUCAUGUUUAUUUUUUCAGCUGUACCUUUUAUCAUUAUCCACUCUCCUCCUCCCUCGAUUUGCAUGAAGUUGAAAAUUGUUGCGAUUUAUUUUUUUCCGAGAGAUCAUGUUUUUAAAAAGUGUCUUUUGCAGAGUUUUAAAUUGUUCUGUCUGAACUCUGCUGUGACCCCAUGAUGUAACCUUAGAAGGAUGGACUUGUCCCUCCAGUGGCCUUCCUUGGCCCCCGCCCCAGGGAGGGGCACCCUUCCUCUGUGCCCCAGUGGGUGUCGCUGUCGAACUUCAAGGAUGAAUGACACAGACCUGCCCAGGCUGUUGGCCCUGAAGGGUGGAGCCUGCACAGGGACCUGCAGCCUCUCUGAGCUCAGUGUUGUUUUAAGUUAAUGUUUAACGGUGUCCCUUUCCCUCAGAAAGGUUUAACAUUUGCUUGGAAUGUGAUUUUGCUCCCACUCUAAGGAAUUUUUAUCACCAAAAUGAAUGUUAAUGGAUUUUAAACCUAUGGUUUAUCUUUGCAAGAGGCGAGGUGGCUUCACCCCAACAUUCCCACAGCCUGGGGCCUCCAGCUCAGCCAGGCCUCUUCCGCCCCAGCUUACAGAGCGCCGUCACCCACCGCCCCGUCCUUGCUCUUGUUAACCCACGAUGCUGCUACACAGAUGCCAAAUGGAAAUCUUCCACAGGGCCCUCGAGUAAACUCGUGGUGUGGAGUCCACGCUCCUGCCCUUCCCGCUGGGAUGUAUGUCAUUGUCAGAAAAGGAGUCGGACCUUCCAGCUGUGCUCUGUGCACCCUGCCGAGAAGGCACGUCUAGGCCCAUGUGUCUAAAGGAGGGAACACUGGGGACUGCCGGCACCUGCCCCCUUCCCCUGUCCCUGGGCCCGCGGGGCCCAGCAGUGGCUGUGUCCCCGCCUGAGGACCUCUGUGUCUCCCACCUCAGACGUGGUCCACGCCAGAGAGGCUGCCCAUACAGCCAGGGUCAGUUUGGCCCCAAACAGGGAUUCAGAAACCAAAUGUGUGUUGUGGCCAUUUCAUGUGUGUCUCUGUCUUAUUUUACUAUCAAAUUCAUCACGUGUAGUGAAAUUAAUGUCAGGAGGUAUUUCUUGAGUGACUGAAUUCCUAACUCUUUUAUCUGUGUUUUAAGUGUUAACCCAAGGGAUAUGUGCAUUUUGUCGGCAACAUUCGUACACUGAAAUGACUUCCUACUGACCACAGUUUUCGUAUAGACCUGUCAGUCCUCGCUGCGUCCAGUCACUAGGUGAGAAGAUAGCAUCUUCUCCACUGGGUCUCACUGCACGAAGGGAAGCCCUGGGGCUAAGCGGCAGUUUCUUCUCCUUCCUCCAGGUAGGACUGUGCACCCCAGGCUGCGCGCUGGCUGGCGGGUGGGAGCUGCGGUUGGGAAAGAACCAGCAACACGCUGGGCUUGCCUCCCGGUGAGCAGCUCCGUGGCUCCAGUGUCAUGUGCGCACCUGGCGCAGUGUUUCCCCUGGAAUGUUGGUCCUGGAGCAUCUUCCUCAGAAGGUGCCGUGCCCCUUAGUGAGGGAAGUACUGGUCUCACCUGGUAGAAGUCACCAGGUGCCCCCUCAAGGGGCUGAGUGGCCUGCUGCUGGCACCCAAAUCAGAGCACCGUGGGAUGGUGCUCCCACCGCAGAGCUUGACGUUAGUGGGACCCUGUACUGUGAGUAUUUGCUUUUAUAAACCCAUCCAAGUGUAAAGGUCUCACUUCCUUAAGAUGCGUCUAGCUGAGCACAGCGUCAGUAUGACAUGACACGGGAACUGGGAUUAUCUGUAGCGGGUGCAGAAAUGAGAGAGAGUUCCCUGUAACAGAGUGAAACCCGGGCCUUGCUAGGGGAGGAGGCUUCUGCCCCAGCCAGCACGCCACGCUCUGGGCCGGGACAGCAGUGCCAUCCCUAUGGUCUGGUGCAGCCGGGCUGCCAAGCCGUGGUUCCUCUGGCCUCCCGGAUCUUCUCCCGUCGGCUUCCCCUGGCCUAUCUGCUUUGAUCUGCCUCUCCACACGCAGUCCGUCUCCGGGCGCCUUGCUACUGGAAGGAGCCUCUGGAACCACAGUUACUGUGCUGGAUCUUUUUUGGAGCCCCACUACUGCUCUGUGAAUCCUAAAGCCCUUUUGAGAGGAUUCCAGCUGCUGGCUCCUUGACUUCAGGGAGAAAUGGUUGACGUUUCCCUACUGUCUUACCUGCUCAGUGUGUGGCUUUCUGAAAAGUCCUCUCUCUAAAGGAGCUGGCACAGGAGGCUUUGCAGUAGGGCUCCUGGAGGACGAAAUCUUAGCCUCCCAAGUUCGUAUUUAUUUUCUAUAAACUACUCUUUACCUUUGAUUUUUCACAGUUUUAUAACAACAGGGAGUCCCAAAUAAGUCCUGUCUGGUCCCUGAAGGAAUGAAGGCUAACAUUUGGCUACAGUUAUAUCUGCUUUGGGCAAGGCCCAAGACCCUUCAGAUGGUAACACUCAGUAUCUGAGCGACAGAUUCCUCUUUCAGGCCCCCCGCUUUCCUUCUGGAAACUAACUUCAGGCUGUUGAAGGAGGAAUGCUGGCUCAUGGCUUCUGUGGGGCAGCAGGAGAAUGAUUUAGAGGAGGUCUAUGCGGUUCAUGUCUACAAAGUAAAUGAGAGCAAGGCAGAGAAAGACCAUCAAAUAGUUGAGAUCUUGAUGUGCAGCGGCCCGUCCUCGGCACUACUGGUGGGUCGUCCUCUCCUAGGGCUGCUGGCUUCGUAAGCGUGGGGAGCGGGCUGUGGAGCAGACACAGGGCCCGGGGUCCUGAAUUCUGUGCGAGCCCCGUUGUCAGGCCAGGGCCUCGCUCUUCUUUUCAGUGGCCCCUGCUGCAAGCCCUGACUCUGGGGGACCAGACAGGGCCUCCCCCUCUCCUAAGCAGCCACUCUGGCAUCCCGAAGCUUCCUCCUGGAACUGGAUUCCUAGUAUCCAAGUGUUCCUGGGACAAUCUGCUUUCUCUUCAUAAAUGAGGGAGACUUUCUUCCUACUGCUUUAGAGAUUCCCUCCCUUUAAUUCUCUGUUUCACAUGCAUCAGGCAAGUCUAAAAUCAUAUGUUUAAACUCUUAGGAAAACAGAACCUUAAGAUUUGUGCAUGGAAACUGAGAUGUUAAUCAACUAGCUUAAGCCUUGGUUCUUACAUAAUUUGAAUGUGAAAGGGCACCCCAUGUAACUCUUUUUUCCCCUCCUUCCUCACCUCACUUCUGGAAGAGAGCUCAGUGCCCAUGCUGACAGUGUUGUCUUCCCCAAGUGGGAGGAGUAGGGCAUCUUGCCAUUUUCUAAUAUUUCAAGGAGCUUUUGUGCAAAUGUUGAAUGCAAAACUUCACACUAAUAUGGAACAUUAACUGUGAAUAUAUUUACUUGUGCUAUCCCCAGUACCACACAACUAAAGGUCCAGCUUUUCCAAGUCUAGGAAAACAGUGCUAGAUACAAGUAGAAUUGCAUUUCCCUUAGGAAAUGAAGCAACGGGAAUUUGGGCUUAGCAGGGACCAUGAACUUCUGUCCUCAAAUUACCUCAGGUUGAGGAGCAGACCUAAGUAGGCCCUGGCCAAUUGAACCUGUGUCCUGGCUGGUCAAAAACAAAAACAAAACCCAACCCUGUCAUCUUCUGAAAAACCAGCCAGGGAUCUGACCAUCUUUGCCUUGCCUGGGCCAGGAGAGCAGGAUUCCUCCAGUGUUCCCCAGGCCCCGGCCCAGGCAGAGGACUCACCUGGGCGGGCACAGGAAGGUGCUCACCUUGUUCCCUGGGAUUCUAAGCAGGAGGCCACCAGGGAGGGUUGGCUUGUGCAUGUCACAUGACACAAGCUCCUUGCUAGCAGGAGAGCAGGAACUGUUCCCCUCUCAGCUUUGAUCCCGGAGACGUUUUUCUUGCGGAGCGUUGAAGACCGCGAGGCUGGGCUGGCAGAGGCUUCUGAGGCUCUUGUCCUGGGUCAGGUGCGGUUCUAUUCCAGCCUCUGGACUAGUGGUGCUUCUGUCCAGCAAGGGCAUCUUGGUGGGUUGCAGGUUAGCCCAGAAUUAGGAGGGAUUUAGAGAGUUCAAUAUGGAAGUGAUCUGGGGAUUCAGAAACUUUUCCCAUGUAAAUGGAUCAGUGAGCAACCUACUCAGUGGAUUUUUAUACCUCAGGGCCAUUUGCAGAUCUUUAUCUUUCCACGUUUCUUUUGUAUUUGCGUGGGCUGAUAGGAGAGAUGAGUUCGGAGGGUUCUAGGAUGAUGUUUGUUCAUUUGCCUCGGUUUGCGGAUGUGUGGGGCACCCGCACCAAGCUUGCUCAAGGCUGUGGCAGUGGGCCUUCCUCCUCCGGCACGCGUGGGCACCCUUCCUGCAGGGAGUGCUUACGUGCUGCUUCUCCUUCUGCCCUGCCUGAAGAUGCCAGAGCCCCUGGUCAGCCCUAAGGACAGGAGGAAGAUGGCAGUUCACAGCAGCUGCAGAGCUCAGAGCAGCUUUCCUCCCACUGUCCUGGGCUGGGGACCUUCUUUGCUCUUCAGACCUUUGCGGUUGUCUCGGCUCAAGUAAGCUUUCUCACUGUAUGGGUUAGAGCCACUGAGGUCAUCUCAGAAGAAUUGUUUUAAGUAUCAGGCUGUACUUGGAGCAACAUGGAAACAAAGGUUCUAAAUGGCAAGAGAGUAAAGUUCUAGGUGUUUGUAUGCCGAGGUUUAUAUGUACACAGAGCCAACACGUACUAUAAGACUUGAGUGAGUACAUUUUCAAGUUUCCAUACCCACUGGGUGUUAAACAUAAACGAAUUGGAAGAAUGACUGGGAGUAUUGUUUUGCCUCACUUGGCAGGGUAUCUUCCAGCAUUUGCCCACAUCUGACCAACAUGGAUUCACUCGAGAAGUGAUUUCUUUUGGGGCCAGCUUCCUCUUCAGACUCACCCUGGAGAGAACUAUCAAAUGGACCUGGUGGGCCUUGAGUGCCUGCCGUUUUUGUUGGAGACCCAGGCCCCUUGGAUAUAAACAGCUGGUUUCAGGCUCCCAGAGCAGAAGGGAGAGGGAGAAAAGUAAGGCCUCAGGACUCUUGUUCCCCAGAGAGCCCCAGCCUCGCUCCUGAUUCAUUACUCCCCGUGUCUAAAGUCUACUGUGAAGGUGGAGUGUGUCAGUCCGUUGACUUUGUUUCUGGAGUCCUUUUAAGUCCACAAAUGUAUAUGCUUUAUUUUAUAUUAUUAUUUAUUAUGUACAUAUGCCUCUACUGUUAGUACAUCGUCUAUGACUAAGAUGAGAUCUGUUCUGGAGCCCCUCAUCCAUGGAGCCUAGGGUUCUGUUGUCUUUUAAAGUGGGUGAGAAGGAGCGGUUUUGCUUUUGUCUUAAACAGGUUGCUGCUCUUACGCUGGUCCUAGUGUCCCGGCCCCUGUUAUGGGGCCCACCUCUAUUCCUGAUGGCAGGUGUUUGAGUUGGGCCCACCUCUAUUCCUGAUGGCAGGUGUUUGAGAUGAGGAUGGAGGCAGGUCUUUACUUCACGGCAGGGCCUCUCAAGUACCUGCGUGAAAUACUUUAGAGGUGGUUUCCUGGUGACUGGGUCUAUUCUCUGGGUAAUGGUACAACGUGGCUGUGAGGCCACAGCCUCCUUCCUCACUCCCACACUCCCAAGCCAGGUUGGUGGCCUGGUCCCACAACAGUGAUGGUCUCUAACUCCCACCUUGGACUGCAGAAUCCAUCUCUCUGGACCAUGGAAGCUGCCUGCCCACCUGGGCUUCUAAUAUGCCUUUUCUUGGUUUUGAGGCCCAAUGCCAACACUGCCUUGGCGCCUCAAAUAAGACCCUGCUUUGAGUCCGAUUUCCAUCCUCCUUAGCCUUUACUCACUGUAUCAUAGUGUACAUUUCAUGCUUUGUAGCAGUGAAGUUUUCUGAACACAGUAUCCAGAGCUGUGUAUAUAAACCUAAAUAAGCACAAAUGACAUGUAUAGGUUUCGUGAGCUGAUUGUCAUAAUGAAUGCAUUUUAUAAUUCAAAUGAUGUUGUAGAUUUACAAUCUCUCCUAUUUAUUUUGUAUCAAUUUAUUUGUAAAUUUUGUGAUUGUUUUAAAAGGUUUUUGUUCAUUUCUAUUCUGUUUAGAUAAAUGAUUUCUGUUCACCCUUCUA